AUGGCUGCGGUGGGUGUGCUCCUGAAAAACACUGUGCCAGCAAAACCCCGUUACGGCAGAGCUGGUGCAAAAUCCAGGUACCCUAAAGUCCUCGCUACUACGAUUUCCGAGUAUCCUGCCUGUCGUACACGAGGGGCCCAGCAGCCAUUUGGAUCACUUCAGAAGACUUCGGGCAAGGUCCGGCUGAACUCCAAGGACAGCAUCCCGGUGGCCGCCUCCCUCCUGGGGGAUCCCUCCGACACCGCCUCCGCCUGCCUGGCCCAGCGCUUGGCCAGCAAGACCAAAAAACAGAUAUUUGUCAGCUACAAUCUUCAGAACACAGACAGCAAUUUCACCUUACUCAUAGAAAACAGGAUCAAGGAAGAAAUGAUGGCUUUUCCAGAGAAGUUCUGACUUCGCUUCAUUGUAAAAUAACCUGAGUUUUUGUUUUAGAAAAACUGAUUGCAAUUUUCACACUGACAUUAAGUUAAUUUGUUUUGUAUUGUUUUGACUGAAUUUGCAGUUGUUAUUAAAUAUUGAUGGACCCAAAUGCA